AUGGCUCUUCGCUGGUCAAACUUGGUGAAAGCACAAUACGAGUCUGCGAGAGUGAGCCAAGAACGGACAGAAGAAGACAGCUACGAAGCAGUCACUCUGAACAAUCUCCUAGUGCCAAACCUCGAGCUUAGCACUAAUUGCCAUCCGUCCUUUCCUGCGAACGUCGCACCUACUGUUACAGGACAGAGCAUCUCCCAGCGCGUGUUAUCCUUAUUACAUAGCUCCAGGUUCGUGAGCAUUGCAAGUCUUGAGAUUCGACACACGUCAGACCCAGCAGCCUCAGGAUCUGCCGGACUAGAUCCUGACGACCCAGCAUACGUCGAGCCUGAAAAAGACGUAUUGAAAGCAUAUUGGACUCUAUACAUCGAUUGCGUGGCUCUCAGCUAUGGAGGAGAAGCAAAUGCGUUUGACACUACAGUGAUGGCAGUUAUCGCUGCACUGAAAGACGUCAGGAUACCACAGGCCAGAUGGGACGAGGACAGCAAGCAGAUCUUCUGCAGUCCGGACUACACAAAAGCAAGGACCUUAGAGCUAAGAGGCCUACCAUGUCCGCUGAGUUUUGGAGUUUUCGAGCCAGAUUCGAGGAUCAAGUUCGAUAAUGAAGGAGCAGAGGUCAAUGGAACAGCCACACCUUCAAAACAAAAGUCGCAAGGAGCAACGAUACUUCUCGAUAUCGAUUACUUUGAGAGUGACGUCUGCACAGAGAAGGGCAACAUAGUAGUUGAUUGGUCAAGUAGGAGCUGCAGAAUCUUGCGUCUCGAGAAGGUCGGUGGUGGAGGAGUUCUAGGACUAGAGGGCAUAAAGCAGAUCGUCGAUAGUGCUGAAAAGAGGUGUCAAGAAUGGAAAGCCGUGUUGGAUGGCGCGAGUGGUAGUGGUGGAUGA